UUCAGAGCUGUUCAAGUUAAUAAGCCAGAUGAACCAUGAUUGUACAUCAUGCAAACGCAGCAUGUGAUCUAGGAGGCUCUGUCGUGGGAGGAUUCACACCUUUACAGUUCUGCUGUCUACAGAUCAUAGCAGCUGGUUUUAUUAGAUCAGACACCGAACAGUUGAAGAAAAUGCUUCACGUGUUUGUUUUGCUCUGUUUGGGCUGCUACCUUCAGAAUGGUGUGUUCGGUGAGUCGGUGUCGGUGACGGAGGGAGAUUCUGUCACUUUAUACACUGGCGUUACUGAAAUACGUGAAGGCGAUGACAUACUGUGGAAAUAUGGAGCUGAACUCAUAACUAAAAUUAAAAAAAGAAGAAAUUCUUCUCCAAGUUACACUUUUGACAGGAGAUUUAGUGACAGACUGAAGGUGGAUCAUCAAACUGGAUCUCUGACCAUCACGAACAUCACGACUCGGCACGCUGGAGAUUAUCAGCUAGAGAUCACUGGAGUGAAUCUGAUAUCUAAAACAUUCAGCGUUUCCAUCUAUAAUCGUCUGCCUGUUCCAGCCAUCAGCAGUAACUCUUCACAAUGUUCUUCAACAUCAUCCUCAUCCUCACCAAAUUGUUCGUUGUUGUGUUCGGUGGUGAACGUGGGUCAUGUGACUCUCUCCUGGUACAAAGGAAACAGUUUAUUGUCCAGCAUCAGUGUGUCUGAUCUCAGCAUCAGUCUCUCUCUACCUCUGGAGGUGGAAUAUCAGGAUAAAAACACCUACAGCUGUGUGAUCAACAACCCCAUCAGAAACCAGACCACACAUCUGGACAUCAGUCAGCUCUGUCACACGUGUUCAGUCUCAGUCUCUCUGAUAGCGCUGAUCUCUGCUGCUGGAUCUUUGUUGAUUAUAGUCGCUAUAGUUGUGAUCUGCUGCAUCUGCAGGAAAGGUAUUGAAAAGUCCAGACCCAGGAGAAAAGCAAAACCGAUUCUGCAUUGUGUAAAACGACAAAAAAAGAAAUGGUAUUUCAGCAUUAUGUUACAUAAGUGUUUUACUUCAUCAAAGGAGCACUGCGGCAACAGUCUAUUAUUGUCUGCAAUAGCUGUUUUGAAUUUCAUUUUAUUUUUGCUUUUCUCAACUUCAUAUGUGAAUGAAGCUGAUUUUAGGCCUUGCGCAACAUCAGAAGCUUUAAUCAGUGAAAAAUGUGAUUGUUUUCCAGGUGUGUUCAGCGAGUCGGUGUCAGCGAUGGAGGGAGAUUCUGUCACUUUAUACACUGGUGAUAAUAAAAUGCAUGAAGGUGAUGACAUACUGUGGAAAUAUGAAGCUGGGAAGUCGCACAUAGCUAAAAUUAAGAAAACGAAGCAUAUUGUUCUCACAUAUAAUGAUACUUAUGAGAGAUUCAGAGACAGGCUGAAGCUGGACGAUCAAACUGGAUCUCUGACCAUCAUGAACAUCUCAACUCAACACGCUGGAGAAUAUCAAGUAGAGAUAAGUGGAGCAAAAAUUACAUUAAAAACAUUCAGUAUUUCUGUCUAUGCUCGUCUGCCUGUUCCUGUCAUCAGUAGUAACUCCUCAAACUGUUCUUCAUCUUCAUCAAAUUGUUCAUUGUUGUGUUCGGUGGUGAACGUGGGUCAUGUGACUCUCUCCUGGUACAAAGGAAACAGUUUAUUGUCCAGCAUCAGUGUGUCUGAUCUCAGCAUCAGUCUCUCUCUACCUCUGGAGGUGGAAUAUCAGGAUAAAAACACCUACAGCUGUGUGAUCAACAACCCCAUCAGAAACCAGACCACACAUCUGAACAUCAGUCAGCUCUGUCACACGUGUUCAGUUCCUCUAGACUCAGUCUCUCUGAUUGUGUUGAUCUCUGUUUCUGCUGGAUCUCUGUUGUUAGUAGCUGCUCUCGGGAUCUUCUGCAUCUGCAAAAAACACAGAAAAACUGAUCAAGAAGUUGAGACUUGUGAAGAAGAGAUCAUUUAUGCAGAGACGACAUUCAACAAAAGAGUCAAACGGAAAUCGUUUGGUUCUGCAAAAAAUGAAAUGCAGUCAGUGAUGGAGGGAGAUUGUGUCACUCUAAAUACAGAUGUUACUGAAAUACAUGAAGUUCAAGAUAUAUUUUGGAAGUAUAGAGAUGAAAACUCUCUUCUAGCUAAACUUAAUAUAGAAAUUCAAAUGGUCUACACAUAUGAUGAUGUUCUUGAUGGGAGAUUCAGAGACAGACUGAAGCUGGAUCAUCAAACUGGAUCUCUGACCAUCACGAACAUCUCAACUCUACACGCUGGAGAAUAUCAAGUAGAGAUAAGUGGAGUGAAAGCAACAUUAAAAACAUUCACUGUUUCUGUCUAUGCUCAUCUGCCCAUUCCUAACAUUACCAGAGAUUUUUCACAAAAUCUUUCAUCAUCAGCAUCAUCAUCAUCAUCUUCAACAUCUUGUUCGUUGUUGUGUUCGGUGGUGAACGUGGGUCAUGUGACUCUCUCCUGGUACAAAGGAAACAGUUUAUUGUCCAGCAUCAGUGUGUCUGAUCUCAGCAUCAGUCUCUCUCUACCUCUGGAGGUGGAAUAUCAGGAUAAAAACACCUACAGCUGUGUGAUCAACAACCCCAUCAGAAACCAGACCACACAUCUGGACAUCAGUCAGCUCUGUCAGAUAAGUUCAGCACCGGUCUAUCUGAUAGCGCUGACCUCUGCUGGAUUUCUGUUGAUUUUAGCUGCUGUCGGGAUCUUCUGCAUUUGCAGGAAAUACAGAAAAAAUGAUCAAGAAGUUCUCAGAGCUGACGAUGCAGCAGAUCAGAAUCACGACAAAGACAUCAUAUACACUGAUCUGACCUUCUACAGAAGAAAUCCACAAACAGUGAGGGCUACGGAGGACAGUCAUGUGGUGUAUGCACCUAUCUGCAUGAGAAGAUGAAACUUUCCUGAAUACGAGUCCCUUUCGCUAGACGCUUGGAUUCAGCAUGUGAUUUCUAGAAGUUACAGACAAUUCUUUUUAAUUGAUGGGAAUCCAGUCUGAUAUGUAGAGACCUGAAAUCAUCUAUUCUGGAACAGAAUCUAAACAUUAACACAUGCUAUUAUGACAUAUACUAUUCUCACUGUUGACUGAAACUCGCAUGUUUUUUAUACCUUUGCACAAGUGCCUAUUUUUAAACAUCGGUGGUUGCCAUGUAUUCAAGAGCACUUUAGAGGAAAAGCGUGUGGUUAAAGGUAUUUCUUUCUGUUCGUGGCUGCUAUUGUGAAACUCACCGUUUAACACACGCGCAUGAUCAUCCUUGGUCUAACAUAAUAAAUGACCUCGCAUCAAACAGUGAAGCCUGACAGUUUGAAAUGUGAAAAUAUCAAACAUUUACUUUUCUACGCUUCAUUUCUGUGCACAAAUUAGGAACCUGUUCUUAAAAAAGCGCGUGCUCCUGCAUUUCCUUUUUCAAAACGCAUUCAGUGAGGUGAUAUGACAGCAGCGCAUGAAGAGAAGUAUCUGUGUGUGAGCACUAGAGGGCAGUUUCUGAGAAGACUGUUUCAUGUAAUCAUCAUCUUAAAAAGGAAAAAAAGAGUCCACUGUGGUAUUGAUUGUUUUCAUCUCUGUAGAAAUGUGGUUUGAUCUGCUGAUAGUCUGUGCAUGAGAAUGUGUCGUGUUUGUGAGGCUGACUUGAAAAAAAGUGUUUCUAGGUCAGUAACCUGUGGUUCAAAAGGAUUUUUUCCUGUUCUUGCUUAAAUGAAACUGAAACCACUAUUUCAUACUGAACACAUCAAGUUAAGAC